UCAGGAGAAGGUCCCCAGCUGAAGGCAGGAAAAAGCAUGAAGUACCUUCUAGACGUCUACCUGUGUGGAUCAGGAUGAGCACUCGCACAAGCCAGGGAGCGCGCGCACAGGUUCAACACAUGGCACUCAGAUCAACAGUUUGUAGUUCAAAUGAAAAAGUGAAUAUUUUGCAUUCCAAAGGCUAAAGUUUUACACAGUUGUGGCGUUUUAGUAGUUCAGGAGGUCUGACCGCAUUCCAUCAACCUCAGGAUAAUUGCGCUUCUCCCAGAUUGGAAUCGCUGCAUUAUUGGAUUGUUUUACGCGUUAUCUGUUUUUUGGUGGAUGAAGAGCUCGAAGAAAUAAGAUUGAAGCUGCUGACUCCACUCCAAGCGGAUUUUACGCUCGUUCUCACUAAAUUAUGUGCUUCGUGAAAGCGCAUUAUUUAGGGGUGCCGAAUCUUCAAAGAAAUUUUCAAAGUUGUUCACAGGACAAGCUUCUGUCAAACUUGGACUAGCUCGGCAUCAAGCCUACGUAUUUUUUUUUUACUUUGAAAGGCAUCUCACAAUGGCUAUUCCACUUUCCAGAACGCAGCUUGCGCUCUUUUUUAUUCUACUGUGUCCUGUCAACAUUAUCGGGCUGUGGUGGGCAGUGGGGAGUCCGUUGGUCAUGGAUCCAAACAGCAUCUGCAGGAAGACAAAACGCCUGGCGGGCAAGCAGGCCGAGCUAUGCCAGACCCAGCCGGAGAUCGUAAACGAAGUUGCCAAGGGUGCAAAGCUGGGCGUGCGAGAAUGUCAAUACCAGUUUCGCUUUCGACGCUGGAACUGUACCAGCCAGAACAAGUACUUUGGCAAAAUCCUCCAGCAAGACAUCCGAGAGACGGCGUUUGUGUACGCCAUCACUGCAGCGGGCGUCACGCAUGCUGUUACCCAGGCCUGCAGCAUGGGGGAGCUGCUGCAGUGCGGCUGCGAGGCCACGCGGACCAGAGGGCCACCACCCCGUUUAGGCAGUAUCGGCCCGACGGAAGGGGUGAAGUGGGAGUGGGGGGGCUGCGGGGAUGACGUGGAGUUUGGCUACGAGAAAUCCAAGCAGUUCAUGGACACCAGGCGGAGGAAGGGCAAGAGCGACAUUCGCACACUGAUAGAUCUUCACAAUAAUGAAGCUGGACGAUUGGCGGUGAAGAAUUAUAUGAGAACUGAGUGCAAGUGUCACGGGCUGUCUGGCUCUUGCACUCUUCGGACCUGCUGGAAGAAAAUGCCUCACUUCCGUGAGGUGGGUGACCGAUUGCUCGAACGCUUCAAUGGGGCCUCCAAAGUGAUGGGUGGGAACGAUGGGAAGACCCUCAUCCCAGUGGGUCAAAACAUCAAACCUCCGGACAAGCAGGAUCUCAUCUACUCGGCAGAGUCUCCGGACUUCUGCCUGCCCAACAGAAAGACGGGGUCCCUGGGCACGCGGGGCCGAAUGUGCAACAGCACGGCUCUGGACGUAAGCGGAUGUGACCUCCUCUGUUGCGAGAGGGGUCACCGGGAAGAAACUGUGGUUCUGGAGGAAAACUGUCUCUGCCGUUUCCACUGGUGUUGCGUAGUGCAGUGUAAAAAGUGCUCGGUCAGGAAGGAACUGAGUUUGUGUCACUAACCCAAAGCCCUUGUUCCAGAGAAGUCCAAAAAUCUCCUGGAAGUUGUGCUUGAACACUGACUCAAACAAGAUUCUUGGAAAUCUAGGUUGACUCUGGGUUGACUCCAGAUUGACUCUAGAUUGUAUCGCACAUGCAUAAACACUUAAAACACUGAGGCUUUGGAAAAGAUUGUACGAGCGUUUGAAUGCCUUGAACCACUUGGGGUUCUUCGACUGUAGAGACGAGACAUUUCCAAAUUCCUAUCAGCAAAGUGAAGUGGGCUUUGUGUAUCAGUUUUCUUAUAGAUCAGCCUUAUAUAUUUUCUCAGUUGAUUGCUAUAAGUGGUUACAUCCACUUUUAGAGGGAACACACACUCUUUGCAUGAAGCCACUUCCGUCUCAAGAAGAAAUAAGAGAAGCACAGAAACAUGAUUUCUAAAUGUGCAAUGGCAAAUGUUGUGCUUGCUCUGUACUGUCCGAAAUGACAGAAACAUUAAGCAAAGGAUAUUUGUUUUAGCGAUCUGAAAUAAUGGACGUCUUCUGGAUAAAAUAAUCGAAGACUCUUAUUUAUAAGCAUUUUAUGACUACUUUUAGCGAAUUGACUAAUGUCCUGUCGUUUGCUAUCGAAAGCACUUUGAACAUGAGAACUUUAAACAGAAAGAGUAAAGGUACAGAAGCAAAUGCAGGAGAAACAACAUUAAAUAGCCUUUAUGUGUCUAAUGUUUGUCAUAUAUUUAAUCUACAGGGCUUUAAUGCACUUUUACUGAUACCACUCUUGUUCGUCUGUUUCCUCGCGAGUAAAACAUAUUUUCAGUGGUUUGUUUCAGUUUUGGUUGCUUGUUCUUAGAUUAAAGAGUUCUUGCAUAUUGUAUAUGCUCUGAAAUGCCUGCUCAAACACUGCUCAACACAACAGAUCAUUAACCAUAUUCAUCACUGAGAUCUACAAGUGAAUUUACAUUGUUUUAUCACACGGAAUAUUGCUGUGUUUCUGGAGGGUUAGCAUGUACUGUGAUAUGGAUUCUGUGGUAUCUGUCAUCAAAACACUGCCUGUUCAUAAAGAGGCCAUUUCAGGACUCAUCUUGUUUAAUAUAUUCAGUGUCACACAAAUGCAUUACAGUGUGUUUGCAGUCUGUAUAGAUAAUAAAACCAGAAAACAGAAAUAAAGAAUGCAGUUUCACCUUAUAAGGGUCAGCCAUGAGACUUUCAUCAAGUGUUAAUCUCAAACACGCCUUCCUUUUGUGUGGAAUGUAUUGCAUUUUUUGGAAAAUACAUUUGGAUGGUAUCAUCCAAACAGCAUUCACAUGCGUUUGUAAAAGGAGCAUAAUAAAAAUAAUGUAAAUGAAAAUGUACAUUGAAAAGUAACGGUUUAUCCAGUAAAGUGUUUUUUAAAAAACACAGGGUCGUAUUUAUCUUUGGACUGUUUCAAACUUUAGGUGAAAAGUGAAAAUGUGGUGGAAAAUUUGAACUUUCCAUCAAAUCAACAGUUUAUAAAGUCAUCUUGCAUUAAUUCAUAUUUAAGUUAAUUUAGAUAAAAAAAAUAAACAGACUGGAAUUGAGAAGUCCUUAUUACAGCUGCUCAUUACUCAAUA